GACUGGUUGGCAGCGGCAGAACGAGAGUCCAGACACUAUGGAGCUGUUGCAGGAUGUGGACGCUCACCUCUUGAAGCUGCCCUGGCAGACCCUGCACAUUGGUGACUGCAGUUUCUUCACUAAAGUUAAUUUUACAGAUUCCUCAUAUUGUGUUCUUGUGUCCGACCUCAGAGGCGCGUGGUGCGAAGAGGCUGCAGCUGACGUCAUCCAGGAGAGGUCAAAGGAGCUGAACAAGCGUCUGAAAGCUCCCAUCUCCUCAUUUCUCAGCCACCUGUCCCAGCGUAUCCGUCCGCUAUUGGAUUCUAAGGAGAGGACACCAAACACCUUGUCCUGCACCCGCACCCAGGGGACACUGAUGCUGCAUGUGAAGAGUCAGCUCUGUGGGCUCCCAUUUUACUGGGACUUUCACUGUAAAGAGGCCAGCGUCAGUACGGUGUGCCGCCACUUCCUGCAGCCUCUGAUUGCCAUGACUAAGGCCUUGGACUCUCAGUGUCAGGAACUGUGCACCUUACUGAGGAGGAAAGAUGAAGAAAUUCUGGAUUAUCAGGAGGGCGGAGCUGUGUUAUCCCGGGAUCGCUUAAAAACAGAGACUUUUGAUGAGAAUUCCUUCUUCAAGUCUUUCAUGAGUAAGAAUAUUCCAGAGCAGAGCGCCCCGUCUGGGCUCAGCGAGCGGCUGCAGCAGCUGUACAGCGAUGUGAUUGUCAUGCAAGAGCAGCAGGAGCCGGAAUCGGCAGGUGCAGGAGAUGGAGCCCGCCCUGGGUCAGAACAGUCGCUUGAAGGUAACAGCCGCAUGACAGACCCAGCUCAGCAAGAUGUGGACGAUGGUCAGACACAGAAACCCCCCCAGGAGCCUCCAGAUGACGUCCUCACACUGACACAGCGCCCCUCAGUUGUUGUAUCCAAGGCUAAGAAAAGGAAAGCCAAGGGGCUGUUCAAAUAACAGACGGCAGCAGGAGGGGGUGCAACGCAGGACAGGAGCCACGGCCCUGCAUCACCUCUUGUCAUUGAUUCACUGCAGAUGAUAGGCUUCCAUCUGAUAAGCUGUGGCCCCCUAGUGGUUAAGAUGCAGAUCACACUCACCUGGUGAGGUUCCUCUAUGUGUAGGUCAGGCAUCUGCUGUGGAUUCUCAUCUUAUACCCAGGACCUCGGCUACAGGUUUACAUGUAAUAAUAAGGCAAUCAUUUCCAAUAAAUGUGUUUUCUAAGAAA